ACAUGACUCAUUUCGCCCGCGAGAGCUCCUCCUCGAUCUGUCAUCAACCGUGAAGCGAGAAAACAUCGUUCUUCUGCCCAUCACGAGAACGAGGUACUUUCGCGUGUGAAGCACCAGGAAGUAUUGUUUUGUGGUUAUUGUCUUCGUUGCUGCUGAUAGGAUACAAAAAGGUGGUCUGCAAAGAUGAUGUCCUUACCGGGAAGUAUCGCCUUCGAUGAGUACGGGAGACCGUUCAUCAUCCUGCGGGAUCAGGAAAACCAGAAGCGACUCACCGGAAACGAAGCUAUUAAGAGUCACAUCCAGGCAGCCAAGCAGAUCGCCCACACCAUCAGAACCUCGUUGGGUCCCAAAGGAUUGGACAAGAUGAUGGUCAGCGGCGACGGGGAAGUGACUGUGACGAACGACGGCGCUACGAUCCUGAAGCUGAUGGAUGUGGACCAUGAAAUCGGCAAGCUGAUGGUGCAGCUUAGUCAGUCGCAGGACGAUGAGAUCGGAGAUGGAACAACGGGUGUUGUCGUGUUGGCCGGAGCACUGUUGGAGCAAGCCGAGUCUCUGCUGGACCGUGGUAUCCAUCCGAUCCGAAUUGCUGAUGGUUUUGAGCUGGCUGCCCAGUGCGCUAUCAAACACUUGGAUUUGGUUGCUGAACCGUUUCCGAUUUCUCGGGACAACAAGGAACCGCUGGUUAAGGUGGCAAUGACGACGCUGGGAAGCAAAAUUGUUAAUAAAUGCCACCGCCAGAUGGCGGAAAUUGCUGUUGAUGCGGUGCUGACCGUGGCCGACUUGGAAAAGAAGGAUGUAAACUUCGAACUGAUUAAGCUGGAAUGCAAAGUCGGAGGUCGUAUGGAGGAUACUUGUCUGGUGAAGGGCGUCGUGGUGGACAAAACCAUGUCACAUUCACAAAUGCCGAAAACGUUGAAGGACGUCAAGUUGGCUAUCCUCACCUGCCCGUUCGAACCACCAAAGCCCAAGACCAAGCAUAAGUUGGACGUCACCUCGGCCGAGGACUAUCGCAAGCUGCGAGAGUACGAACAGGAGAAGUUCUUGACCAUGGUCAAGCAGGUCAAGGAAGCUGGAGCUACUCUGGCCAUCUGCCAGUGGGGUUUUGACGAUGAAGCGAAUCAUCUGCUGCUCCAGCAGGAACUGCCAGCUGUUCGUUGGGUCGGCGGUCCUGAAAUCGAACUGAUUGCCAUUGCCACUGGUGGACGAAUCGUGCCGCGAUUCGAAGAGCUGACCGCUGAUAAAUUGGGCCACGCCGGACUAGUGAGGGAGUUAAGCUUUGGAACAACAAAGGAUAAGAUGUUGGUGAUUGAGGAAUGUAAAAAUACACGCGCAGUAACCAUCUUGAUCCGCGGAGGCAAUCAGAUGAUCACUGCCGAAGCUAAGCGUUCAAUCCACGAUGCACUGUGCGUGGUUCGAUCGCUCAUUCAAGAUUCCCGCAUCGUGUAUGGAGGUGGUGCUGCGGAAAUUAGUUGCUCGUUGGCCGUUGCCCGCGAGGCCGACCAGUUGUCCACCCUGGAACAGUACGCUUUCCGAGCAUUCAGCGUUGCUCUGGAAUCGGUGCCGUUGGCAUUGGCCGAGAACAGCGGUCUGCUACCCAUCGAAACCCUAUCCGAGCUGAAAUCUCGCCACGUCGCGGAGAACAGCUCUACGCUGGGAGUCGACUGCAUGCUGUCCGGAAACUCGGACAUGAAGGAGCAUCACGUGAUCGAAUCGUUACACUCAAAGAAGCAGCAGAUCAUCUUGGCCACGCAGCUGGUGAAGAUGAUUCUGAAGAUCGACGAUGUUCGCUCGCCAGCCGACAAGUAAUUGUACUUUUGUAAUGAUUCCUCUUAAUCCUAGUUUCGUUUCAUCUAUAUUAGUUUCGACAUUCUUACCGUUUCAUAUUUAAAUAUUGGGAAGCUUGUCGGAACAGAUUUACAUUUUAAUCUUCUACUUUCAUGCACUCGUGGAAUCACGAAAAGGAUUUAAAUGUAAGAUCCAGGUGGAAAUGUCCUCAAUUCUAGGGCGUAUUUAACAGAUCAAAAUAGGUUCCAAAAUACUAACACGCCCAAGCCGGACAGGAUCUCUUAGUUCCUGGACGAGUUUUGUUAUUGCUAAGCGCAGUUGCAUUCACUCUCAUUCUCACACCAAUUUACUCACACCGCGAAUCAACCAAUAAACACGCGAUUAUGCUUUACGAACUAUAAAA